AUGAAGUUUUACCUCCCCCGCGCAAACUUCUUUCCCAGAACAUCAACAUCGCCAUCUGACCACUUGGAUGCAGAGGAGUUCGCGAAAGAUUUGGAUGGGUACAGACAGCAGCUUGCGGAGUUGCGGAAAGAGGUUUCGAGGAAGAGAGAGACGCUGAAGGCGCUCAGAGCCGAGAGGGCGAUCAGAGAAGGAAAGGUUGGUCACGGGAACGCUGCCACUGCCACCUCAGAUGAGCCCGAGAAGACAGUGUUUGAGCAGCCGACGUCCCAAGGUCAGACGAUGUCCAAGGAGGACCAGCUCGUCAAGAGUGAGCAGGGUGAAGAGGAAGAGCAAUGGAUUCAGAUGAAGCAUGAGCAGGAGGCGGAGAGACUUCUCAACUGCAAAGCGUGGUUCGCAGUCUGGAGAAAGCGGAUCCUUUCUGCGAACGUGAGUGAGCUUGCAAUCGCGGAGGAGCGGGAGGAGAACGGGUUUGGGCCCAGUCUGAAGCACUUCAGACUGGCCUACAGUGAAUGGCAAGCGACCGUUGGGCAAAGCAUUUGCCCGGAAAUAUGUUGA